AUGGAGAGAUUCCAGUCCUCCAUGCGCAAACGGCUCUACAGCUUGCCGCAAAACAUUGGGCAAAAACCCUUUGUGAUUGACGACGGAGAGAACGGCGACAAGGACACUAAAAGGAAAAGUAUUGGGCUAAAAAAUUUGUCCUCUCUGUCUCCUGCAAGCAGUUGCAAGAGCAUUGGGGAGGCCAGGAUCGAAGACUUUGAAAGGGACGUCACCGUGAAGACCAACUUGAAUGGGGACUGCCGCUUUUUUAGAGGCAGCAUCUCUUCCAUCUCCGGGCGGCAUCCUCACGGGUCAGAUUUGGCGGAGCAGAGGCGUCUUAUCCCGGAGGCUGACGCUGGAGUCAACGAGAGUUUCCCCGGUGAGCACGGCCCCGGGGCCCUGCAACGGGCAACGGGUGGACUGACUGGCAUAGUUGGGCAACCAUCACUGUUUGACCAGUCAACUUUCAUCAAGUUGGAGGGCACCGAGCAAAUAAUACCCGAAGAUGAACGGCUCUACCAAGCUGGCUUCAUGCACCGGCAGUUUGGGGCGAUGCUCCAGCCGGGAGUCAACAAGUUCUCCCUGCGGAUGUUGGGUAGUGAGAGGGCCGUGGAGCAUGAGAGGGAACGCGUGAAGUCUGCAGGCUUCUGGAUAAUCCACCCCUACAGUGAUUUUAGGUUCUACUGGGAUCUGACCAUGCUGCUGCUGAUGGUGGGAAACCUCAUCAUCAUCCCUGUGGGCAUCACCUUCUUUAAGGAUGAGCAUACGCCACCCUGGAUAGUCUUUAACGUGGUGUCGGACACCUUCUUCCUCAUGGACCUGGUCCUCAACUUCCGCACGGGCAUCGUCAAGGAGGACAACACAGAGAUCAUCCUGGACCCACAACAGAUCAAGAUCAAGUACCUGAAGAGCUGGUUCGUGGUGGACUUUGUUUCCUCCAUACCUGUGGACUACAUCUUUCUUAUCGUAGAAACACGCAUCGACUCAGACUUUUACAAGACGGCCCGAGCCCUGAGGAUCGUCCGCUUCACAAAGAUCCUCAGUCUGCUACGGCUGCUGCGCCUCUCCAGACUCAUUCGCUAUAUCCACCAGUGGGAAGAGGUUUUCCACAUGACAUACGACCUUGCCAGUGCUAUGGUGCGUAUCAUGAACCUGAUUGGUAUGAUGCUGCUGCUGUGUCACUGGGAUGGCUGUCUGCAGUUCCUGGUUCCCAUGCUGCAAGACUUCCCCCCAGACUGCUGGGUCACCAGGAACAAAAUGGUGAAUGACACCUGGGGUCAGCAGUACUCCUACGCCCUGUUCAAGGCCAUGAGUCACAUGCUGUGUAUUGGGUAUGGCCUGUACCCCCCUAUCGGCAUGGCUGAUGUGUGGCUCACUAUCCUCAGCAUGAUUGUGGGCGCCACCUGCUUUGCCAUGUUUGUGGGGCAUGCGACCGCACUCAUUCAGUCUCUGGACUCCUCCAGGAGGCAGUACCAAGAAAAGUAUAAACAAGUGGAGCAGUACAUGUCCUUCCACAAGCUCCCUGCUGACAUGCGCCAGAGGAUCCACGACUACUAUGAACACCGCUAUCAGGGCAAGAUGUUUGAUGAGGAGAGCAUUUUGGAGGAGCUGAAUGAACCGCUGCGAGAGGAGAUCAUCAACUUUAACUGUCGUAAACUAGUUGCUUCCAUGCCUCUGUUCGCCAAUGCUGAUCCCAACUUUGUCACCUCCAUGCUGACCAAACUGCGCUUCGAGGUCUUCCAGCCAGGCGACUACAUCAUCAGGGAGGGAACCAUCGGCAAGAAGAUGUACUUCAUCCAGCACGGCGUUGUCAGUGUCCUGACCAAGAACAGCAAAGACACCAAGCUGUCUGAUGGCUCUUAUUUUGGAGAGAUCUGCCUGCUGACCCGAGGCAGGAGGACUGCCAGCGUGCAAGCAGAUAACUACUGUCGGCUGUACUCUCUGUCAGUAGACCACUUCAAUGAGGUGCUGGAGGAGUAUCCCAUGAUGAGGAGGGCAUUUGAGACUGUGGCUCUCGACCGCCUGGACCGCAUAGGAAAAAGGAACUCUGUUCUUCAGCACAAAGUUCAGCAUCACCAAAGUUCUGGCACACUAAACCUUCAUGAGAAUGAGAUCAUCCAAAGAAUAGUGCAACACGACCGUGACAUGGCCCAGUGCACUCAGCUGAACCAAACCAGCACUGCACAGAGUGUAAACCGUCCGCCUGCUCCUCCAUCACCCACUCCAGUAAUCUGGGCCCCACUGGUUCAGGCCCCGCUCCAGGCUGCGGCUGCUACCACCCCACUGGCUAUGGCCUUGGCCCACCAGUCCCAGCUUCCUCCUAUCCUCUUCCACCAUCCUUUGGCACCACACCCUGGCUCUGUGAAGGACCACUCCAGCCAUUCAAAGAGAGUACAUGUUGGAGCAAGCACCACCAGUACCUGUGGUUCAGGGCCCAGUUCUCCUGCCAGCUCUGCCAACCUUAGAUCUGAGAUUGAGACUGCCACACUAGCAUUCCCCAGAACACAGCAACUCUCCACUGGGCCUUUGUCACCCACACUGACAUCGCAGCCGAUCUUCACCAGCAGUCUGCAGCCCCUCACCCCUCUGCCCACACACCAGCCUGUGCCCAUGCACCAGCCUCUGUUCCAUCCUCCCCACUCUGGCAUGGCGUCAGUUUUUCCCAUUAGCCAGGCCACCGUUUCCUACACCUGCUCUGCUCAGCUCCACUCCCAGCCCUUUCAUGGUGCUAUGACCACCCCACCGCGACCAAUAGGUUUACUCCAACAAGGGGCACCAGGGAGGCUAGCAGGGAGAUUCCCAGCCCCCUCGGCCGCUGCGUUAACCCCUCUGAUUUCAAGCUCAGUUGGCCCCAUACUGAGCCAAUUGCAGCAAGCCUCUCACAUCACCACACAGCAGAUGGUGUCCAGUAAUGAGAGAGCAGGCAGGAGAUCCAGUGGCCUGAACCUCCCACAUUUUCCUUUCAUCACCAACAUGCAGUCUUCUGCUGGAUUUAAUCAGCCAGUGUCUGCAGUUGGAGCAGGGGCUGCAGCCUCUCUGGCCCAGCACAGCCUGGCAGGACUCCAGUCUGUUUUCCUCCCGCAGGUUCUCCCAGAGCAUUCAGCCCUCGCUUCCCUGGCCCAGUAUGGCUCUGCCGAGGCCUCACCUUGCUAUACGCCUCCUGUCCACAGUCCCGGUGUCCAGAGCCCUGUGAGGGGAAGGACAGUUUGGCACAGUGAGCUCCCCAGCACCAUUGACUCUCAUAGCCCUCUAACUCUUCAAACCUCAUGCCCUGCCAGGGUGGCCUGUACCCUCAAAGAGAGGGCAGAGUCCUCGGUGGAUCUCUUUACCCAGGAAAUAAAGACUAUCUCAGGCUCUCACAGCUCUAUACACCAGGAAAGGCCUUUGGCCAUAAGCGGCUCCUCUGAGGGCGUAGCAGGUGCGCCCAGCCCCUUCUAUUCGCCGAUGGCUGUCAGUAAACCCUACACCCCAAUCCCGGGUCAAGCCACUCCUGUCAGUCGGACACAUUCAGGGCCUGAGCCUCAGCACCAGUCCGUUGGUUUUCACUCUCCUUCCACCAGAUCCCCUGCUAAAAUGUUAGAGAAAGAACACAAACAGUCCAAACUUCCGUCCAACUUGUGAGAUUCAGACACACCCUCCUUUAAUCCCUGAACAAAAGGAAGAUCAUCUGCAUUUUGGCAUCAUUUUAACCACUAUGUAAAAUUUCGAAGUAGGAGGGUGUGGUAUUCUAAUCAGAUUGGAGAUCAGUGGUUUCAUUUUUUUUAAUCAGAGUAAAUGGAUCAAGGUUGAUAAUGGACAGCGACAGAUAUUUUUUCUACAGGACAUUGUGUCUUUGAAAAUGGUAAUAAAAUCCAAAAUGUAUCGAUGGGUAUAUGUAACACCUCAUGAAAAUAUCAAUUGUUCUGUGUAUUAUAUUCUAACCGCAUUCUGUGAUUUGUAUUUGUUUAAAACCCCAUCAUCCACGCAAUUUUGUGUAACCUUUUAGCUACACCUGUUUAGUUGGCAUGUUGUCUACAACUGUAUUCAGUUAUGAUUGAAACCAAAAAUUGCUGUCCUCUGUUCAUAUCCCCACUGCUGAGUGUCACGCGAAUGCAGGGUCGCUCCUUAAGAGAUGUGAGGAGAGACAGACUGUGCACUUUGCUCGUUUCAGAAAUAACCUGAAGGCUUGAUGAUGGCACGUCUUCCAAGAUAGCUUUCCAGCAAUAUUGCACACCCAAGUGGGUCACACAAAUCAGAUAGUAUUAAAAAUCUAAGUAAUGAAUGUAAUGAAAUGUUUGAGUGGGAAGAGUGGGACUCAUUUUGAAUGUGUUAAACAUGAUGACGGUUUUCGCAAUAGAUGCCAACUUAUUUCAGUCUGGCAAUAACUUUGGUGCAGAGCAUCCACCUGAGCCGAGGUUUGUGUGCCAUUAGCAUAGUAUGCAAUAAUCUGUUUUUUUGUUUUCUUUUUUUACUGGUAUGCAAAGGGACUGUGAAUCGAAGCAAUUGUGUCAAUGAGUGAGAUUCUGGUUUUAGUUCAAACUCAUUAAAAUAAGGGAAAAAAUAAAAACAGUUGUUGAUAAUCAAACAUCCUGAAACCAGCGAUGCACUAAGAUUGCUCUGAAUGUUUCUUGCACCAGUUAAAGGGCUAAAAGCAGUUACCUGGACUCAUCAUCAACAAGAAACCCUGAUGGGUCAUAUUGCUGCAUAUUUACCUCUUUCAUUGUACAAUAUUUGAAAGAUUUGACAUCUGUUGUUGAACAAUUGCUGCUUUGUGAUGCUAUGCUGAAUCAAUAACAUGUAUAUCAACUGACUACUUUUUAAAAAACAGACUCUUAAAUCCUUCUACUUGUUAAUAAGUUCAUGUGUUUAGAUGAUACGUCUACCUUUGUGGACCUGCGGCCGGUGACAAACUGUGAGCCGCUAGCCGGUCAGCAGGUCAGACCAUCAGAGGAUCCUGUUCACUGGCUUUAGCUGCCUGGUUACUGAACCUGAGGUUUGCCAUGACUCUAAAUUCCCCAAGAAAGAGAUACCAUCAGACACUAACCAGCCUCUGCCAAUGGCCUCGAUCAAUCCUUCAUUACUAUUCUUCUCCAACCACCUGCCAUAGGCGUCUGCUUAAAGGUUAUUUUGAGUGCAUUCAAUUUAAAGGUGUGUGUGUGUGUGUGUGUAGGAGGUGUCAUUAAUCCGUUCUUUUAUUUAUCAUUUUGCUGCCUUUUAGCCAUCAGAUCUGAUUGUUUCAUCACCUGUAUGUUACACACAUUUUAUUUAAGCCACCAGA